AUGGAAAUAGCAGAUAAGCUCCCUCAAUUCAUCAGCUAUCUCAAUGAGAGGGGUCAGGUUAUGGAACAACCUAUUGAGUAUGAGUGGCUUCCUACCAAAUGCUCUAAUUGCAAGAAGCUGGGACAUACGGCUAAUUCAUCUUCUCAAGAUGAUGCUGGUCCUAGUGAUAUAUGUUGGUCUGUUCCGAAAAGAACUGGGAAUGCAAAAUCUACUGUUCUGGUUCCUUUUGAGCACUCUCGAAAUUCUUAUAGUGUUCUGCAAGAGAAUCAGAAGAUUCCGAAUGAUUUGGUUCUACCUACUGGUUUGAAUGGAGUUUUGCAACAUCCUGAGCUGGAACUUAGAGGAUUGAAUAGGAAGAAUAAACAUAUAUCAGUUUUAGAUGUCUAUAGAUUAUAUAAAGUUGGUAUUGGGGCUUUAAUUGAAACUAAAGUCAAGGGGGACAAAAUUAAGGAAAUUAUGAGUUCUUCUUUUACUGAUUGGAUGUAUUAUAGUAGUGUGUGUCUUGAAGGCAGAAUUUUGUUGAUUUGGAAAGCUCAUCUGACUCAAGUUGAUGUUAUUCAGGAGAAUGCUCAAUUGUUUCAUUGUAGAGUUAGAAUUUGUAGUAGGAAUCAAGACUUUUGUCUCACCAUUGUGUAUGGUUCUAACAGCUUGGAGAGUAGGAGGAUUUUAUGGCAUGAUCUGGCUCACUUGCAUUUACCUAUAAAGUCGUCGAUAAUCUUGGGGGAUUUUAAUGCAACCUUUGAUGUUAAUGAUAGAAUCAGAGGGAUACCUAUCUCAGUGAAGGAAAUGGAGGAUGCCCAACAAUGGUUGGCUGUCGGCUUUUUCUCAAUGGGAGAGGUGGUUUCUGAUCAUAACAUUCUUCUUAUCAAGCAUGUUGAAGUUCAAAGAAUGGGAGUUAAGCCGUUUAGCUAUUAUAACAUGUGGUCUUCUCAUGAUCAAUUCAGGGAAACAGUGUUAGAUAGCUGGUCCAAACCUCUCUGUACUGAGGGCAGUGGAUUGGCGAACAAGUCUAAACUGUAUGAUGAUCCUAGUAAUAUGUCUUUGAUUUAUGCAGAAAGAGAAGCUUAUUUGGAGUUUAGUAGGCAAGAGAAAAUCUAUGAGAGUUUCCUUCGCCAAAAGAGUAAAAUCACUUGGCUUCGGUUUGGGGAUGAAAACUCUUCUUAUUUUCAUGCUAGUUUGAAGAAAAGGAAAGUUUCCAACAGGAUAGUUUCUUUCAUUUCUGUUGAUGGUACAAUUGUAGAUGACUAUGAGAUGGUUACUCUUCAUUUUCUUCAGCAUUUUCAGAGUUUUCUAGGUUGUGCUAGUAGGUCUAAUGGUCAUAUUGACCCUCAAAGUAUCACUUUUGGUCCGGUUUUCGAUCUUGAUACCCAACUGGAGUUAAUUAAGCCUUUUCCCCUUCAUGAUGUUAAAGUUGCCUUAUUUAGCAUCCAUUCAGUCAAGAGCCCUGGUCCUGAUGGGUAUGGGGUUGGUUUUUUUAAGGACUUGAGGAAAGAUAUAGGCAAGGAAGUGUCUUUGGCUGUCCUUGAUUUUUUUGAAACAAGCAAAAUUCCUCAAAGUUUAAAUGAAACGCUUCUAGUGCUUAUUCCUAAGGUGGACCAACCAACUAAUGCAGCUGAUUUCAGACCUAUAGCUUGCUAUACUACUAUCUAUAAAUGCAUUUCUAAGAUGCUUUGUGGUCGGCUAGCUACAUUUCUUCCCUCAUUGAUUAAUCAAAACCAAGGUGCGUUUAUUAAGCACAGAUCUCUUGCCUACAAUGUUCUUAUCUUUCAAGAUUUGAUUAAGGGGUAUAAUAGGAAAAAUAGUUCUCCUCGAUGUGCUAUGAAGAUUGAUCUUAGUAAAGCAUAUGAUUUUAUUGAUUGA